AGGCGGAAGUUGUGAUUGAGGUGUGGUGGUGCCGGGCUGUGUACAGUGUGUGGACACACAUCAUCUUCCCCUUGUGUCUGCUCUGGAUGGUGCCGGUGUGGGGGAGGUCACAUGACCCCUUUGUCCCUUAGUAGGAUGGAUGCUGGCAGGUAGAGCAGGGAAUGGCAGGUUGUCAUGGAGAUGAUGGAGUGAUCCUUGCCCUGAAUAGUGUCCCCUCAGGCACCUGUGUGUGCCCUGGUUAGUGUUCCCCCUUGCCCAGACUGCUUGGCUGUGCAGGGUAGAUGGCUGCUGAGGCUCUGCAGUUCUCUGUCUGGGGAUAACUGGACAGUAUGAUCUCUCCAAGAGACAAGGGGGAUCUGGCCCGCUUCUAUACCGUUACCGACCCCCGCAGGCACCAGAAAGGCUUCACCAUCUACAAGGUCACCGCCAGGAUUGUGUCCAGAAAGAACCCAGAAGAGGUGCAGGAGAUAGUUUCAUGGAAAAGAUACAGCGACUUCAAGAAGCUGCACCGGGAUCUCUGGCAGAUACACAAAAACCUCUUCAGGCAAACGGAGCUCUUCCCACCCUUUGCAAAAGCCAAAUUGUUUGGGAGAUUUGAUACAUUUGUGAUAGAGGAGAGACGUCAGUGUGCUGAAGAUUUGCUCCAAUUCUCUGCCAACAUCCCGGCACUUUACAACAGCUCGCAGCUGGAGGAGUUCUUUAGGGGUGGAGAGGUACAUGAUGGGUCCGAUCUGAUUGGCCCUGCCGAGCCUUUUACAGACUACCCUGACAGCCUGUCUGACUGUAGUUCUGAAGUGAGAAAAGAUUCCUGUGGACUUGAUGACCUGACCGUCACUAGCCAGUCUGAAUGUGGAGGCCUCUCAAGUGACAGUGACCUGAUCUCACUGACCGUGGACAUAGACUCUCUCUCUGGCACGGAUGAUGGAAUGGCCUCCAAUCAGAUUUCACCCAGUAAAACGUUUAGCGUGCCGCCCUCCCCGGGAUCCCUAGCACAGAGCUUCUCUGCCUCCAGUUAUGACGGGGUUAAGGCUGAAGUGGAAAAAGAGGGCCGCAGCUUGUUCACCACCAAACUAAAGCAGAAGCUGGGCCGAUCAGAUUACCUAAUGAAAGCCGGGGAACUGAUAACAUUGGCCAUGAAAAAGGAGGCGGAGCAGGACUAUGAAUCGGCAUUCGGCUUUUACAGGAAAGGAGUAGACCUCCUCUUAGAAGGUGUACAAGGCGAGGCCAGCCCCACACGACGAGAGGCAGUAAAGAAGAAGACAGCGGAGUAUCUGAUGCGUGCUGAAACCAUUUCCAGCUUGUGUCUUAAACCCACCUUAGAAGAAAAACUAAGCGGGCCUCCAGGAGCCGAGAGUUCAAGGCCCUCUUGGAACCUGAGGAGCCCUGCCGAGGAACUGAAGGCCUUCAGAGUCCUUGGGGUGAUUGACAAGGUCUUGCUGGUUUUAGAUACAAGGACUCAGGAGACAUUUAUUUUAAAAGGUCUGAGGAAAAGCAGCGAGGAGUCUGGGAGCAGAAAGACCAUUAUUCCCCGCUGCGUACCCAACAUGGUCUGCCUGCGCAAGUACAUCAUCUCCGAGGAAUCUGUGUAUCUCGUGCUGCAGCAUGCCGAAGGUGGCAAAUUAUGGUCCUACCUAAGUAAGUUUUUAAGCAGAAGCACAGAAGGAAGCUUUGAUGUCCCUCUGGCUAAAAGUUCCAAUUCCAACGAAGAUUUUUUGAAAAAUCUUGCUCCGUGUCCACGCAAUAGCAUUGAGUCUAGGGAAAGUGGUGGUGGGAACAGACUUUCGGUACAGCCACUGCACAGCAGUCUCACUCUGAGCUCCCAGGACGACAGCAGUACACAAGAUGACGAAGGAAGAGAGAGCCCUCUAAAAUGGGCCGACUCUCCCUCCAGCUCUGAAGAGGAAUGCACGACGAGCUAUUUAACUUUGUGCAAAGAAUACGGCCAGGAAAAAAUGGAACCCGAAACCUUGAGUGAUGAUCCGUUGAUUAAACUGGGAGGCGUAGACAGUGCCAAAGAUUUAGACAUACUACAAAACCCACUUUUGAACAAGUUUGACUCACAGCUCACCUUUGAUGAGCUUAAAUUAUUACAAGAUGUUGAGGAGGAGACCAUGGGGCAGACCUCGCUGUCCGAUGCACUGAGCAAAUCCAGGAACAGUCCAAUGGAAUUCUUCAGGAUAGAUAGUAAGGAAAGUGCCAGCGACAUGCUUGGGGGUGAUUUUGUUGAUAAAGCUUAUAGUCUAAAGCCUGAAAUAUUCAACUCGCUUUCUCCAUUCCAAGAUGAUGAUGUGGAUUCUGAAACGCAAAGUAUAGAUGUUGAUAAACCAAGUGUAAGACCUCAGGACACUAUAAGUAGAAGCUCUAAUGACUCUGUCCCUGUUAUAUCUUUUAAAGAUGCUGCUGUAGAUGAUGUUAGUAGCAUUGAUGAAGGUAGACCUGAUCUUCUUGUCAAUCUUCCAGGGACGCAGCUGGUAGACACGGUGGAAAGUCUCAACAACUUGUGUUCAGAGAAAGAUGUCAUGGACUCUAAGCUACUUGAAACUCCUGAUGUAUUACAGAUAAAGAGCAGCCUAGAUCAAAUUAUUAAACCUCAAGAGAAUUUGCUUGUAGAGGACGUUUCUUCUAAAGAACCAUCCCAAGACAUAACUUUAUGUCCGGUCAGUGUUGACAAUAUUAAAGGAUCUGUGUUGACGGCAAAUCCAGAAGGUUCUGACUUACCGCUUAGCCUAAAUUUUUUUGAACAUGUAUCCGUUCAACCAUCCUCUUCUGCCACAUCUUCAUCCCUGUUAGACUUGACCAACAAACAAUUUUUAGAGACCAGCACUCCUAAUCUACAUUCUGCCACUUCUAGUAUUUCUAACGAGUUAACUGCAAACCUUUUACAACUGCAGAUUAAAAUUGAGGACACGGACAAGGUUUCUGACAGGAGGAGAGAAUCAAGGGAAGAGCAGGAGAUACACAAAAUUUUUCAGGAGCUCGAUGCCAAACUGUCGGAGGCCGCCCAUUUAAUUAUCCCCGAGUCUUGCAUCCGGAGAUGGGCCGCUGAAAUAGUCGUAGCCCUCGACGCUCUCCACCGAGAAGGAAUUGUGUGUUGCGAUUUGAACCCAAACAACAUCUUAUUGAAUGAUAGAGGACACAUUCAGCUAACGUAUUUUAGCAGGUGGAUGGAGGUUGAAGAUUCGUGUGACAGCGAAGCGAUGGAAAGGAUGUACUGUGCCCCAGAAGUUGGAAGCAUAGCUGAGGAGACCGAGGCUUGUGACUGGUGGAGUCUAGGUGCCCUUCUCUUUGAAUUGCUCACAAGGAAGGCAUUGGUUGAUUGUCACCCAGCAGGAAUCGGCACUCACACGUCGCUCAAUAUGCCGGAGUGUGUGUCUAAAGAGGCCAGGUCCCUCAUUCAGCAGCUUUUGCAGUUUAACCCCAUGGAGCGCCUGGGGGCCGGAGUUGCAGGCGUUGAAGAGAUCAAAUCACAUCCUUUCUUUACUGAAGUGGACUGGGAGGAGUUUACAAGAUAAGCUGAUGUCCAAUAUAAACUU